AUGUCCUGCCAGCAAAGCCAGCAGCAGUGCCAGGCCCCUAAGUGCCCCCCUAAGUGUCCUCCCAAGUGUCAGACCCCCAAAUGCCCUCCCAAAUGUCCUCCCAAGUGCCCUCCCCAGGCUCCCUGCCCUCCUCCAGUCUCAUCUUGCUGUGGCUCUAGUUCUGGAGGAUGCUGCAGCUCUGGGGGAUGCUGUGGGUCCAGCUCUGGGGGAUGCUGCAGCUCUGGCUCUGGGGGUGGCUGCUGCCUCUUUUCCCAUCACAGAAGAUCCCACAGACGCAGACACCACAGGUCUGACUGCUGUGACAGUGGCAGUGGGCGCAGCCAGCAGUCUGGAGGCUGCUGUGGGAGCUCUGGGGGCUGCUGUGGGAGCUCCGGGGGCUGCUGCUGA